AGUCUUGUUUUUACUCUGCUUUAUUACGCGAAGAGGGUAAUAGGAUUAAUCAAUAACGUAUCUACAAAGGAAUGACGUUCAACUCUAAGCAUUCUCGGGCUCAUAUUAGCGUUCGGUAUCGUGAUGUAAGCACAGAUGUUAUAUAUCGGUUUAAUGCUUUCAUAUUGUGACGCUGUAGUCCUGAAAUCAGUGUACCCGGUCGUCUGCUAGCAACAUCAGGAUGAACGGCUUUCUGCUUCAGUUGUCAACUUUACUUUUUCACCUUUUAUGUGUCAGCGAGUCUUUCAAAGGGAGAAUUCCCAUCGGUGCUAUCUUUGAUACUGAGGACGUUCAGACCAAUACGGGCUUUCAAUAUGCUGUUGCCCACAACAAGAGGAAAAAUAACGAAAAGUUUGAGUUAUCUGCCCUUGUUGAAGUAAUAGAUGUAGAGGACAGCUAUAAACUAGCAACGUCAAUCUGUUCCCAUUUGUUCAGCGGAGUGUUCGUAUUACUGGGUAGCCGAUCUUUCCACUCCCAGGGUAUCAUCGAGUCCUACACGAGUAGAUUUGCCAUGCCUUACGUCACCACCAGCAUACCCACAGGAUUGGGAGGUCGCACGGGAUACGAGAUCUACAUGAAGCCGCCUGUUACCGAGGCAUUGAGGGAUAUGAUCCUAGAAUACGACGUGAAAGACGUCCACUAUGUAUACGAGUCCGAUGCAGGACUGGUAAAACUGCAAGAACUGCUAAAGAUACUAAAUGGAACUGAUGUCAAGGUCAGAUGGCAUCGUAUUCAUAAUAUCACCAACGCUCAUGAAGACUUAAGGAAGCUUGAUCGAGUGUACCCCGGUUACAAGAAUAGCACGAUUCUAAUGGAUUUUAACGCCGAACCAGCAUAUGAUACAGUACUGGAGCAGAUACGAAAACUUGGAAUGAACAGAAGAGGCUACAAAUACAUACUUGGAACAUUGAAUAUUUUGAAUCUAAACCUGAAACGAUUUACUCACGGCGGAGUUAAUAUUACGGGAUUUCAGUUACUGGAUUAUUCCGCUCAUAAUGUAAUGGAAUUCCUAUCAAGAUGGCGUUCACUUCCGUCGAAUAUAUGGCUAGGAGCUGGAAGAGAGCAACUAUCUGUUGAUGCUGCUUUAGCUGUGGAUGCCGUAACGGUUGUGCAACGAACCAUUCAAUCCAUGUUGAGGAAUAAUACCGAAGUAUUCCGAACAACAUUUCGUCGAGGAGACGUAUAUAACAAUAAUCGGACCAAAGGUAUUCCGUGUAAUGACGGAAAUCCAUGGAUGCAUGGAGACGCCAUUAUACAUAACAUCAAACAGAUUGAUCCUAGGGGCUUAACAGGACACCUAGAAUUCUCCAAAACAGGAAUGCGUAAAGGUUACAAACUGGAUGUGUUCAAAGUUGCCCUUAAACAUGGACCCAAUAAGAUUGGGGUAUGGAGACCACAAGAGGGGUUCCAGGUCAUAACUCAUGCGAACGAAACAAAUAAUGAUACUACUUUCAGUGAAGAAAUCAUAAGGGUCACAAGUAUACUGGAGAAACCAUUUUUGAUGCUUAAGGAAAUCCCCAAAAACGGGGUACCACUUCUGGGAAACAACAAGUACGAAGGGUACUGUGCAGACUUUAUCUAUUCUAUUGCCAAAAAAUGUGGCUUUAGCUACGAACUCCGACCAAAUAAGGACGGGGUUUACGGAAGAAAAUUCAAAAACGGUUCCUGGAAUGGAAUGAUUGGGGAGCUGAUUGCUAAGGCUGCUGAUUUAGCUGCAGCACCACUUACCAUAACGAUGGAGCGCGAAGAAGCUGUGGACUUCUCUAAACCUUUCAUGAAUACUGGAAUAAGUAUUAUGAUUAAGAAACCAGAAAAACAGAAACCCGGAGUGUUUUCAUUUAUGAAGCCAUUUUCAAUAUCACUAUGGAUGUGUAUAGUUAUUGGAUAUUUUGUAGUUAGUUUUGGAAUCUUUUUAGUAAGUCGAUUCAGCCCAACAGAAUGGAAGAGAAUACGAAUGAGGUCUGGGACAGAAUACCUUAAUAAAUUUACCUUAAAAAGUUCUCUGUGGUUUUCCAUGGGAUCACUUAUGCUUCAGGGAAGCGACACCUGUCCAAGAUCUGCCGCCGGUCGGAUUAUAGGAGGGACCUGGUGGCUAGCUGUGCUUAUUGUGAUAUCGUCCUACACCGCUAACCUAGCAGCUUUUCUUACUAUAGAACGCCUACUAACACCUAUAUCGUCCGCAGAUGACCUGGCAAAUCAUCCGGAUAUGUCGUACGGUACAUUGGAAUCAGGUUCCACUCAAGACUUCUUUAAAAAAUCCAAUGUACAUACAUACAAGAUAAUGUGGAGCUUUAUGAAGAGUCAUUAUCCAUCUGUGUUUGUGUCGACUUCAGCAGAAGGUGUAAGGCGUGUUCGUAGUUCUAAAGGGAAUUAUGCUUUUCUUAUGGAGUCUGUGUACAACGAAUACUUUAUGAACCAGGAACCGUGUGAUACAAUGCAAGUUGCACCAAAUCUCAAUUCCAAAGGCUACGGUGUAGCCACACCGAAAGGUUCCAAAUUAAGGCAAAAGCUGUCUAUCGCAGUGCUACAACUAAUUGAAGAUGGAACAUUGAUAAAGUUAAAGAAAAAAUGGUGGGUAGACAAAGGAACUUGUGGAGCGGCAGGUUCUCACGGGGGAUCCAAAAAGAAGUCGCUUUCUUUAAGCAAUGUUGCUGGUGUUUUCUUUAUCCUCAUUGGCGGUCUGGUCUCGGCGAUAGUUCUUGGUGUAACAAAUUUUCUACGAUCUAAAUCUAAAGGAAAACUAGGCGGUGUCCCCCCAAUUAACAAUGACGCCGCGAGAUCACUUUUAUCGGACUACAGGGAUGCCCCAUUAAACAACGAAAACGGACAAACAGCAACACCUGAUAUCCACCAGUCAGUUCCAGUGAAAGGUAUUUUAAUGAACACAUGCAAACUACAUACAGGAGAGAAUAGCAACAAUUCGAAUCACACUAUUCGGUCAGAAUUUUACGGAAACAUUUAUGACAGGAAAUCACUUCAUGAUCGUUAGACAUUUUUGAACAUUAUUUUUUUUUAA